AUGGAUAAAAACUGUUACGAAUGCUCGCAGCCGAUCACCAACCUUAACCUAAUAAAAUGUCAUCUUUGCGAUAGUGUCGCACACAUGAAAUGCUUCGGCUGGGCACGAUCGAAUUUGGAUUUCGUCAAUGGGCAGCCCAAUUUGCUUUGGUUCUGCGCAGAUUGCUUAAAGUCUAUCGAGAAUCUGAAGACGAAACAUUCAUCGGAUACUGCUAUCGAUACCACAUCAGCUUUCGCAAACUCAAUCACCUGCUGUAUGAAUGAAGUGAAGAAAGAACUUGGACAAAUAAAUGCUUUCAUAGGAUCGAUUUCUGAUAAGCUUUUAACAAAUACAACACCAGUAAUGUUGUCGGCUAAUCGCAGUUCUAAGCGCCCUAGAGUGAUUUCCCCGAGCGACACCCCUAAGCGACCAAGAGGGUUUUCUGGUUUAUUGAGUGGAACUAAAGCUGUCGAAAACUUUCCGUCUUUAGUCGAAACCGUCCCGCAACCAACUACAAAAUUUUGGAUUUACCUCUCGCGCAUCGCCCCUCAUGUGUCCGAGGAUGAAAUAGCUGCUCUCGUUCGUGAUUGCGUAUCCGACAUACAACCCGUCGUUAAGAAGCUUGUUAGAAAAGAUGCUGAUGUUAAAUCCCUCGCUUUUAUUUCCUUUAAAGUCGGCAUUGACUUACAGUUGAAAGAUGCCGCCCUUGAUGCUAAUAACUGGCCGAAAGGAAUCUAUUUUCGGCAGUUCGAAGAACGCAAUGCAUCAUCGGAUUUUUGGAAACCAAAAGCAUCGAAGUUUCCCCGAACCGUACCAUCGCAGCCUGCAACAAGUCCUCAUCUUGUUCCUCUCAACUAG